AAAAAAUCUCGACAUUUGUGGAAAUACCAGCAAACGUCGCGGGAGUAGAUGAAAACAUAACUUCCCAGGCGGUUGAUAACGCUUGUUUCUAUUGACCCAAUUCUAUUUCACAAGAAAGCUCCCGCCGGGUCAAUUUCCAGUCCAUCUCGCGGAACCCGCAAUCAAGCGCCGCAGACUUACUGUCAGAGAUGCCCACCACACACCCAUCAUGGCGCAGAUAAACCCACCCUCUUUCGCCCACGCUCCCCGCAGAUCUUCCCACAAGCGGAAGCGCUCAGAGUCGGCAGCGCCCAGCAGCAGCUUCUCCGUCGGAGAAGACCGCGCCAUCAACCCGCUCUGCUACACGCCCGCGACCCUCCGCCAGCUCCAGGUCGCCGGCCACAGCGACGCGGACCUGCUGCCGUCCACCUCGGUCGCGCAGUUCCCGCACCGCCCGCUGCCGCCAUCCCCGCUGCCGGCGCAGUCCCGCUUUUCCCGCCCUCCCUCCGUCGCCGCCGCCGCCGCCGCCGCCGACGACGACGGGUGGGAGACGGAAGGCGAGGGCAAAGACGAGGGCGAAGGCGAGAACGAGAGCGAGGACGCCGAGACCGCGGCGCGCGCGGCCCGCGGCAGGCAGCAGCCGCGCGCUCGAGGACGGCGACCUGUCCCGCGCGACGCGCGCCUUUGGCCUGCUGGUGCGCUCCGAGGUCUGGGGCCGGCCUGCGGACCUGCGCAAGGGCGGGUGCUGGGCCGUCGGGGCCGAGAUCCUGAUGCGGCAGGGCGAGGUCGCCGACGGGGGAAGAGGAAACUCGUCGCCGCCAACCACCGCCCCCGGCGCUGGGGCCGCGCGGCCAACAUGCCGGCCGUCCGCGACUUUUUCAUGGCGCUCAUCCACCAGUACCCCUACAACAAGCUCCACCCGCGCGCCGUGUCGGCCCUUGACUUCUGGCCCGCCCUGCUGGGCUGCGAGCUGUACAACGCGCACGCCGAGCACGCGCGCGCGCUGCGCCGGCUGGAGGUGGCCGAGGCUGAGGAGGACGAGGAGGAGGGCAACGACGACGACGAUGAGGGGUGGAGUGGCGGCGGGCCCAUGGACGAGGGCGAUGACGACUACUACCACGACGGCGGCGGCGGCGGGGUCAGGCGCGCGGCGGACAGGGCCGAGCGGCGGCGCGCGGCCAGGGACCAGCUCCGGCGCGAGGCGCUGCGGCAGAUGCGCGAGGUGGCCAGGAGCAUGGACGACCUGAUGGUCGGGCCGCCGUACUCGGCCAGCCACGAGCUGCUGCGGCUGCGCGGCAUGGUGGCGCUCUACAUGGGCGACCUCGCCAUGCCCCCGCCGAGGUCGCCGCCGCCGCCCGGCCGCGGCGACGACGACGACGACGACGACGACGUGGAGCUCCACGAGGCCAGGACCCAGCGGGACACGGAGCGAGAGCGGGCCAGGCGCAUGUUCUCCAAGUUGCUCGAGGGCGGCGGGGAGGUGGAGGACUGGAUCAGGGACUUUGUCACGCGCUGCGGCCAUGAUGGAGAGGAGGACGAUGAUAGCAGCAUCAUUAACCUGGGAGCCCUCUCUUCUUCGUUACCCAUUAGAGGCCGCUAA